AUGGGCUGGUUUUGGGCAGACAAUCAGGCACGGCCGAGCGCGCAAAGAGUGCAGACGAGCGGCCAAGGCUGCCCGGUGAAGCAUCGCGACGAGAGCACGCCGGGUAUAGUGGCAGCGGGUGGAGCAGCGCAGGAGAAGGCUGCCUGUCCGGUCAUGCACGACAGCGGGGCGUUGAAUCCGCUGAACAACAUGCCAAACCUGUCGGCGCAUCGGCAGGCGUUCCAGAAGCUGGAGCUGCCUACGGAGCGGACGGUGAGUAGCAUCCCGAAGGGCAACACGGACGCGGCAGGCGAGGGGGAGUUCUGGGAGUACCCAUCACCACAGCAGAUGUACAACGCGAUGGUGCGGAAGGGCAAGAUUGACCCGUACACUGGCGAGGAGAUUCCGGAGGACGCGGUGGAGUCGAUGGUGUACGUGCACAACUACCUGAACGAGGGCUGCUGGGAGGAGAUCUUGGAUUGGGAGCGGCGGUACUCAGAGGCGGCCGCGGCACACCCAAAGCUGUUGCAGUUCAUGGGGAAGCCAUCGCAGCUCACGCCGCGCGCCCGCUGGUACCACUUGCUCGGGACCCUGUUCCCAAGCAAGUUUUCGGCGGAAUUGCCCUUCGACAGGCACGAUUGGACUAUCCUACGGCCGGACCCCGCGGCGUCCGAUCCUGAGCAUCCCGGCUACCGCAAGGUGCGCUAUGUAAUUGACUUCUACGCCGGGCCAGAUGAUGAGAACGGCCUUCCUACUUUCAACCUGGAUGUCCGGCCGGGAUUGGACAACGUGACAAAUGCGCGUGACAGAUUUUACCGCUGGGUGUCCCCAAUUUGGGACGAAUUCUUUCCUAACUGGAAGAAAUAG